UAUUCAUUGACUGUUAUAAUAUUGUUUAAUAAACCCAUUAUUGCAAAAUUUAAUUAGCUAUGGCAUCGACCAACUUUUUAACUGUGAAAACGCAUUUAUCGGAAUUUAAACAUAAUUCAGACAAAGAUACAUUAAGCGAAGCUUCUGGAAGUGGAACGAGUAAUUCCGUGACGUCAGCAGAAGACUUACAGAAAUUAGCAGUGAUUCUUGGGUUAAACAGUGCUGAAGAUGUAUACCAAGAAAGAUUUCGUGUUGACCGACGUCGACUGGAAGCUAUGCUGGCCGAUAACUUGGAUGAGACACAAACGGCUCAAGCAUUCUUCCACCGAGUAAUGACUGAAACAAACACAUUGAUAAAUUGGCCCGCUCGUCUCAAAAUUGGAGCUCGUUCAAAAAAAGAUCCACACGUGAGAGUCGCUGGUCGAACUGAUGAUGUGAAGCUGGCUCGUGAGAAAAUUAUCCAGUUAUUGGACACAAGGAAUAACCGUGUUACAAUGAAGAUAGAUGUCAGCUACACGGACCACUCGCACAUCAUAGGAAAGGGUGGUCUAACGAUAAAGCGCGUGAUGGAGGAGACGGGCUGUCACAUCCACUUCCCGGACUCGAACCGCACCAGCGCCGUGGAGAAGAGCAACCAGGUGUCCAUCGCCGGCGAUAUGGAGCGCGUGGAACGCGCCAGGGCACGCGUCAGGGCUCUCACCCCGCUGGUGUUUUCCUUCGAGCUGCCUAUAACGCACAGCUCGCAGCCGCUGCCCGACAUCACCUCGCCUUACGUUCUCAAUAUUCAGGACCAGUACAAUGUGCAGGUAAUGUUACGCAACCGUGCUAAGCUGCACGCAAACCUGUUGGUGGUGAAGGGUGUGCAGUGGGAGCUGCACGCCACCAUGGAGGCCACCAACCUGCUCAUGAACUACAUGUGUGGCCCGCUAGCUAGCCAAACCCAAGUACAGAUGUCCCUGGAGAUAUCCCCGAUGCACCACAGCGUGGUGAUGGGGCGCGGCGCGGAGCAGCUCAAGGUCAUCAUGAAGGGCACCAACACGCAGAUCAUGUUCCCGGACGCCGACGACCCCAACAUACCCAUGAUCAAGAAGAGCUGUGUCACCAUCACUGGCAAUAUCAAGGAUGUGUAUGCGGCUAGGCAGCAGUUGGUUGGCAGCCUCCCCCUGGUGGUCAUAUUCGACGUGUCAGACGAGGCGUGCCGCAUCGAGACGGAGACAGCUAACAAGCUCAUGCAGAAGUACAACGUGUACAUCAACAUCAGACGCAAGCCGAAACAGGGGAUCACGUCUGUGGUUAUUAAGGGGAUUGAGAGAUGCGCUGGUGACAUCUACGAGGCCCGUCGCGAGCUUCUAAACGACAAAGAACCAGUUAUAAACGCUGAAAUACCUGAAUCUUACAACAUCCCGUCCAUAUCCGCAAAUAACUUAGGAGCAUUCGGGAUGUACAACCCGUUCUCACCCAGUUCAGGCUCACCGUUCAACAUCGGGUCCCCUCUCCUGGCCCCACUCGCUAUGUCACCACUAUCACCACCAGUGUUCGCGACGCCGUGGGUUUUGCCUUCGCCGCCCGCGCCCGUACAUCCUGCACACCCAGCUCAUCCGAGAGCCUUCCAUUAUCCCAGUCCCAAUUUGAUACCGAACCACAAUAAUGUCAUGUAUAAGAAUCAGCAGGGAUCUUGGAACAUGAUGUCGAAUGGAGCUGAAAUGGGUCAUCCACAGCAGCAAAUGAACAUGAUGCAGCCUCAGUACCAGCAAAUGCCGGUUGAUAACAGACCUACAACCCUAAGUCAAAUACUGAAUUCAAGCUCGCAGGCAAGCAGUGGAUACCAAAGCAACUUUACAGGCAGCUCUGUGUCUCUUGACGCUCAGAAUUUAUCUGGUGGUGAUGGCAGCAACGUGGUGUCCCCAUCAGUGUCUCCGAUCAGCAAGACUCACAGCCCCGCGCCCUCGUCCGACGCUGAACGCUCUCAACAAGUAUGUCCAGAACUGGCGAGCAUUAUAUCAGACUUGCCGCUGUCGGACCGGCGCGCUGUGGGCUGCGAGAAGAAGACUCUCGAGACCCUCAACAAGCUGUCCCCACUCUCCGAGUACAGGAAGAUGAAGGUCGAGGCUGGAAAGGCUAUGCGUGAAACUGUGGGCAAUGCAUACCGCGUGCCGACGCCUCGCUGGUCGGGGUACUACUUCAGCCACACCUCGCCCGGACCCAUCAACCUCAACGAGAACCAGGAUAACGUUACUACCCCUGAGAAAGCCUGGAACCGCUCCGAGCUGGUCCGGCCCAACAUCGCGGAGCCGGUGUGCUCGCCGCCGACGCCUGCGGCCGCGAGCCCCGCCAACAACUGCCGCUACCAGCAGCUGUACGCGCUGCUCAGGGAUGUCGGACUGCACAAGUAUAUUGAUUUGUUCAAGAAGCACGAGUUAGACAUGUCGACGUUCACGUCCCUGAACGAGGCGGACCUCGUGGAGAUCGGCAUCACCGCGUUCGGCGCCCGCAGGAAAAUGCUGCUAUUGAUAGCAGAUCUAAAAAACCAGAAGGGCGGUUACAACGCUUCAAGUGCUGACCGUCCGAUGGUGGGUUCUCCGUCUCGGUUCCCGAAUCUAGCACAGGACAAAUGGUAAACACGCAGCGUAUAUGGACAUAGGUGCGGUCAUUAAAUAGCCACCAAUCGCAUGUACAAUUAAUUAUACCGAGAAAUAUAAGUACUAAGCAAUCAAAUCUAGAGUCUUCAAUAUAAUAAAUUAAGUCAAGUUUACUAUGAGAUAAGCAAAACUUAAUGGCUAUUUAACAUGACCAACCUUACCGUAAUAUGCGUAAAAAGACUGGAGAAUUAAGACUGAUUCAAAAGUACAAAUUAAUUUAGAUCUUAUAAUUAUUCUCUUCAGUCCCACAGACCAAGUCUGAUUGUUGUUUUUUAUUAUACUCAAUGCAAUGAAAAGGUAGACUUCAUAUUUAAGACGGCAUUUAUCUUUAAGAUUUUGUAAUGUACUGAUAUGAUUAGAACUACCUUUGUAAUAGAAUGAGAUGUUAUUGCAAUGAGCUUGUUCCUAUCACGUUGAUUUUUUGAGAAUUUUAUCAAAUGUAGUCCAUAAGAUGUUUUUUUAUAUAGAUUUUUACGAUAGCUAAAAGCAACGACGAUUAGAUCUCUACAGGUAAUUGUUGAAGUAAACGGGCCAAGCGCCGUAGAAUUAUAGUUUUUAAGUAUUUUUUUCUUAAUUAUUUUAAUCGUAGAAUAGAGAGAGCAUGUUUUAUUUUUUAACCCAUCGUUUACAAUGUUUUAGCACAGAAUAUUCAGACUAUUUUGAUUACAUUAUUGAGCUUUUAACAUUUUAUCAACUAGUGCUAAGGAAAAUGUUUUCGUAAUCAUGUGUGCAUUCCUUUAAUUCCAUAUUUGGCAAAAUAUGAUUUUCAAGGACACUUUUUAGGUCGAAAUUGGAAAAUCGCACAUUCGAUUCUUGUAUUAUUCAUUACAUUUAUAACACAGGUCAGACCGGCCUCUUUCGAAGUGCCAUUUUUCAGUUUAGAUACGAAAAAUCUUAUUCAAUCGAUCAUUUUCCGCACAAUCGGCAGAAACAAUUUGGACAGCUAGAAUUGACUUGAUUUUAAAUACGACUAUUUUUAUACUGUUCGGCGAUAACUUAUGUGACAAUUAUGUAUCAACGCGCGUCACAGUGCUGCAUUUUAAUCAGUUAACAUUUUAAUAAUGUAUCCUCCAAUCAUUGUGUUUGUGAUUAUGAAUUUAAGUUUUUUUUUACUGCAUUUUUGAUUUUAACUAUAUUAACAUGCUAAUUAAAUGUGAAUGCUUUUUGUUUUAGAUUAGAUAGGUGUAUUGUUUUACAUAGCUAUGUAAAGUUUUGAUACAUAACUGUUGCGAACUUUUAAAACGCAGUCUACAGUUCUAUUCUUUUUCAUAAUUUUUCCACCAAGAAGUUAUGUAUCAUUUCGUUUACUCUAUGAUUCUUACUUUUAUAAGGUCAUAAAAUGUAGUGUAAUGUUUUAAUCAUGAACUUGUGAUUACGAUCAAUCUGUUUUAAAGUAUGAUUAUGAGAUGUUAGUAUGUAAUUUUUGGUUUUUAGAUUAUGGAAUAUUACAAUUUAAUUUGGUAUGUUUGUGUUUUAAAUUUAGAGGCUCUAGUUUUAAUCAUUUCGGUGUCAGGUUGUUUAUUUCGUUUUAUUUUUAUAUUUCCUGUAGAAAAGGAAAGUUUUAACUCUAAUUUUAAGUUUUGCUU